AUGGAUUUACCGGAAAACCAGCCGAGGGAGAGUCAUGAUAAUGCUCGUCGCGCCCGAGAACUGUUCAAUUAUUUCCAGCCCGACAAUCCAGCCCUCCUCCCGACAUGUACUUCGACAUUUGGCCGACCGCAAAUCAAAGCAAGCCCUAACCUCGUUCUUACCUCUCUGACCCAACUCGCGGCGCUGAAGUUGGGAGUCCAACGCGCAAUUAUCAGCUUGAUUGGUCGGGAAACACUAUAUGUGGUCGCCGAAGCGACACGGUCUUUGCAUUUGGGUGACAACAGUGUUUGCGACAAUGACGGUGAUAACCUGUGGAUGGGUUGUUCAAAUGGUCCUCUCGCGGGAACUUUGUGUGAGGAAACAAUUACACUGCACCCAACCGCGGAAGAAAGGCAUCGUUUCUUUAUUGUCGAAGAUUUGAAAGAACAUCCAACCUAUUGCAAAAUUCCCUGCGUGGCCGGUGCCCCGCACUUUCGAUACUACGCCGGUACUCCUCUGACGACUGCUAGUGGCAUCAAUAUCGGUAGCCUCUAUGUUAUCGAUCCGCGGCCAAAUAUAUGCUUAAGCGAAUUUCAUAAAGAGACACUUAGUGUCAUUGGGGCUGCAGUCAUGGAAUAUCUAGAGAUAUCUCGUCAAUCGCUAGAGAGCGGACGUCUAGCCAACCUGCUAACUGGCCUAAAUUAUUUUGUUCAAGGCGAGAAAAGCGUGGAUCCCAUCAAUGAACCCCUUUCGAGAACCUCAAGCUCAUCGGAGCUAGAUCAGUCAAACACACCCAGUCCUCCCACAAUCCCGAUCGAAAGACUAGAAAACGACAAUGCGCAAAUUACCAAGAAAACGGCAAGAAAUAAAGCACAAUCAGAGGAUAGCCCCAGGCUUACUUCAGAUGCUACAUCGACUACCAACAGUAAUCAGAAUACGCCCUUCCAACAGUUCAAUGCUUCGAUAAAUUACUCCAUCAACAAGAACGGAACGACAUUUCAACGCGCUGCUCAAAUCAUGCGAAAGAGCCUGGACCUUGGAGAAGAUGGCGGUGUCGUAAUAUUCGACAGCAAUGCCACUCCUGGGUUAGAUCUCGACGAAGACUCAAGAGAUGCGCCGGCUGUCUCUCGACCCCUUGCCAAAAUCUGUACCAUUUCGAGAAAACACACUGAAAUGGUCGGUUCCCAAGAUCAGCCGAAUUUCUUGCCGGUUACUCAAAUGGAACGGGGGUUCCUGAAGCGUAUGCUACGCAGGUUCGAUAAAGGUGCCAUUUGGUAUUUCCAUGAAGAUGGAACAGUGUUUUCGUCAGAUGAUGAUACAAGCAAAUCAGAAAGCGAAGGGGAUGAUACAAACCCCUCUCCCCAAAGCCCCAGCAUGUCCCAGCCACGACUCCAGGGUGUAUUAAGGGAAAAGGAUCUUCGAGCUUUGCGAAAAUACUUCCCCGAUGCUACUCGUAUCAUAUUCACGCCUUUGUGGGAUUCAUUUAAGUCACGGUGGUUUGGUGGCUGCUUUUGCUGGAGCUCGGCUGAAACUCGCAUUUUCAGUGCUCAUGUCGAGCUAGGUGGUGUUCUCGGAUUUGGUUCUUCAUUGAUGAUGGAGCAUAGUCGUAUCCAAAGUCAAGAAUCGGACAAGAAGAAAGCGGAUUUUAUCAGCAAUAUCUCACACGAGCUUCGAAGUCCGCUACACGGAAUCCUAGCUGCAAGCGAAUUCCUUGCUGAACAGGUAGGUUCCGAGCUCCCAAGGUCCCUCCUCGAUACCAUUCGUGCCUGCAGUCAGACACUUCUGGAUACGUUUGAGCAGAUUUUAGAUUUCACGAAGAUCAACUCUUUUCAAAAGAAGCGACGAGACUACACUCUUCGCUUGUAUGGAGACCGGGGUGUGGCAAAAUCCCAUGCAUUGCCUGAGUCUCUACACAUUCUAAAGCCUACCAACAUUGUAGCGGUCAUUGAAGAUGUCAUUGAAAGUAUUGCUUUUGGUGCAACACAUUACAAAGGAGGAUUGUUUGAUGAUCUGAAAUCCGUUCCUAACGAGUACGUCGAUGUUUCCAUUGACGUAGCCCCUGGUGACUGGGUCUUUGUCUUGGAGCGAGGGGCUUUGCGGCGUAUAGUGAUGAACAUAUUCAGCAAUGCGCUCAAAUACACCCAGGAGGGCUCCGUAUCGGUCCGUAUUGAGAUUCAAAACGGCCCAAAGGGCCCAGGGAACCCGAAAAUUGACAACUGCAACGCUCUUCUUUUGACGGUCUCAGACACUGGAAGGGGCAUUUCGAGCGAAUACCUCCGCUCCGACCUUUUUACUGCUUUUUCACAAGAGGACCCUUUAUCACCAGGCACUGGACUCGGGAUGUCUAUUGUUCAAAGUAUCCUCCGAUACCUCGGCGGCAACAUCAAAAUCAAGAGUCAACCGGGCAUAGGAACCAUUGCUGAAAUUUCAAUCCCGCUCACAUGCCCCAGAAGUGAACGUGAGAAAGACUAUAUGAUUACUCAAGAGCCUUCUGUUCAGUCCACGGUAGAUGACCUCCAGUCUCUAAAGCGGGAAAUCAAAGGAAAGACAGUCUCCUUCGUUCCCUUCCAAGGCACUUCAUCGGAAGUUCUUCCUUCGGACCGCACAAUCGCAAACUACUUGACGGAAUGGUAUGGUGUACAACUUCAACCUUGGACCCCGAAUGCCCAUGCAGAUCUCAUUGUCAUUGAUGAAACACAAAUUUCGCGCAUGCAUUCAACACAAUUAUCUAAGGUUCUGGUUCUAUGUCGGAAUGCGCAACGAUCGCAGGCUAUCAUCCAGAGCUUGGAACCACUAUGCGAGCGUGUCGAAUGGCUUAAUCUUCCUUGUGGUCCCCAUAAACUAGCACGGGCAAUCCAACGUUGCCUGCAAGGAGAAUCAGUCAAACCAUCUUCAGAAGUCUUUAGUGAAAAGCCCCAAAAAAAUUGCCCAGAUUUUGGCGAUCAACAAAACAGCCAAGUCAUACCCCUUACAACUGCAAAACAGCCACUCGCGGCCCAAAUUCAACUUUCCUCGAAAACAAAAACACCUCCCUCUACUCCAACCCCUCAUGAGACGAAUACUACGCAACCGCAAAGCCAAUCACAGCCUGAAAACAAAGACACUGUGGUUGAAAGGACGGCUAAAAAUGUCGUCAGAACUGAAGCACUUCGAAUUCUUCUGGUUGAAGACAACUCCAUCAACAUGGCGCUACUUGAGAAGCUAGUCGCUCGGCGUCAUCCAAGUAUCUUACAUACCGCUGUAGACGGUCAGAAAGCAGUCGAGGCAGUCAAGAAAAUGCCGGAGGGGUACCAUCUCAUAUUCAUGGACAUAUCAAUGCCUGUGAUGGAUGGCUUCGAAGCCACAGAGGGAAUCCGGGCCCUUGAGUUGGAACGGCAAUCCAUAUCACCAGCCAGGAUCAUUGCUUUAACAGGUCUGGGCUCGGAUGAACAUGUGAUGAAGGCUUAUGCCGCAGGUGUUGAUAUGUUCGUCACGAAGCCUGUUUCUUUCAAAGAAAUCACUCGAUUGAUGGAUGAUGUGAAGAACCACGCUCCUUGGACAGACCAACAGUUACUGCAAUCAAGUUGA